AUGGGCGCUUCGGCAUCCAAACCUGCCCGGGCUGCAGCCUCAGCAGCCAGUCGACGACAAUACCCCAAGCAGCCUUCCCCCUCCACAACCACCACCAAACCGCACGCGCAGCAGCCACCAGCAGCAGCAGCACCCCAGAAAACACAGGGCCCAAUCUACCACUCCAACGAGAAACCAAGCCAGACAAAAUCCCAAGCCAUCGACCUCGACGCCCGCGAUCCCCAUUUCGCCGCCUCCCUCCGCUCCAUAGGCCCCGUCAUCCCUAACCCAACCUUUUCCCACUCCAGCACAUUCAACCGCCAAAACGUGACGCCGUCUUCAUCUUCAUCUUCCUCCUCCACCUCGUCUCCACCGCCUCCCAGCCCCGCAAUCCAAACCCUCUCUGCCCGCUCUAACCUCGCUAGAUUCGCCGAGCAGGAGCUCGAAUCCUUCGGAAAACGAAGCCAUGAGGGCAGACAGUUCCUCGACGUGGUUACUAUACAGCAAGUCCUUGCCAUGAGGGAUAGGGAAGGUGUGAGCCCGGAUCUGAUUGAGAGACAUUUCAGGCUAAAGGCGGGUGUGGUGGGCAAGCUAGGGACUAAAGGGGUGGUGGGCGAGGUCAGAUAG